GUUGCUAAUAGAGCAGAGUUGCUUUGAGUAAAUUGUAAGCGUUAAGCAGCACCGAUUUUUAUUCGGGCAUUUGUCAACACUAGAUCUGUAAUAACAAUAUGUCGAAACAGUUUGGUUUAAUAAUACCUGGUAAACAGAAGAAGCAACCGGAAAGGCCGCCACAUCCACCAACCAAGCCUUCCAUUUUCGAUGAGAGCAGCAACAGUUCAGUUAGUGAUAAUGAUGCAGUUGGUCCACAAAAGCGGCUCACCGGCAAAGCCGGCGUGGUUAGUGGCCCCAGCCUAAUGGAGCGUCGUGUGGCAAAAAACAUUCAGAUGAAGGCCCUGGCCGAGGAUCCAACUAUAUUCCAGUAUGACGAGCUAUACGACGAUAUGGACAACAAACGGGAAGCGGCUAAAGAGACGAAAAAGCUUGAGCCACGAAAAGCCAAAUACAUUGGCCGUCUACUGGAACAUGCGGAGCGACGUAAGCUGGAGAAUGAACUGCGCGUCGAGCGCCAAGUGCAAAAAGAUCGCGAGGCCGAAGGCGAAAUGUAUAAGGACAAAGAUACAUAUGUAACUGCUGCGUAUCGUAAAAAGCUGGAAUCAAUACGACAGAUGCAAGAGCAGGAUGCACGCGAUGACUAUCUAGAAGCUAUUGGCGAUGUGACGAAGCAGAAGGAUCUCGACGGUUUCUACAGGCAUCUAUAUGAACAAAAAUUGGGCACACAGCAGGAAGUAAUCAAGCCCAAAACGGCGCCCAGCACAGAGGAGGUGGCUUAUAAGCCAAUCAAGCGAGAAGGACAAAUUUCAAGCUCAACUAAACAGCGCAUCUACAGAAGACAGCGCUCCUCGCUGGACGACAACGAUGAUACGACUGCUAUAGCAACUACUCCCACAGCUGAUAGCAAAACAGGCGCAGUAAAAGCGCAUUUGGCCAACAAUAUAGAUGCCGAUUCAGACUUUAGCAUUGACGACUCCAGCGACGAGGAUGAGCAGGCGACAGCAAAGGCAGCUGCGGACAGCAAUGUGAAAGACCAGUCAAAGCCAGCGACAGAGGUCGUGGACAAGGAAAAGCAGCCUAUUCUGGAAGCAGAGACUAAACCGCAGCAGGAGCAGUCGCAGCCUACAGAACAAAGCACCGACAAUAGCAUUAAGGAACCAGAUGUGGAGACGGUUGUGCGACAGCCCAUUGACCGCAGCUAUAUUUGGCGAAAGCGAACCGUAGGCGAGGCAUUUGAUAAUGCUCUAGCCCGGUAUCAUGAACGCAAACUGGCCAGACGUGCCUGAUCCCUGAUCCUGUAAUUUUAUAGCUCAUAUAAAUGCUGAUUGCUGUUUCUCCAGCUUCCUUCAUUCCUUUAUUUAAAACAAAACAAUAAUAUGUACAUAUUUACUUGUAUGUAUGUGUGUCUAAAUGUGAGUUUGUACUGGCUUUGUAUAAAUAUUUUGCAUAGCUGUGGAAGGACUGGAAAUAGGACAACUAUACAGUAAGCACUUGCUACAUGUAACAGCUCGCCAAAAGUUAGUUAGAUUUGUUAAAUAAGUUAAGAAUUUCAAAAAGUUAUUUUGUAAUCGAAACAACUAAGUUAUAAUAAUAAUUGUAUGCUUGAAUAGUGGUAUUGUAAUAUAUAAUUAAAUCUUAUUCAAAUUAUAUGAACAUAAAUAAAUAAUUUACCAACAUUUUUGUGUUAAGCUGCUUUCACUGUACUCCAUUUAUUUUGUAUGCAUGAAAAAAAAAAAAAAACACUACAAA